AAGUACAUAAUAAUGAUAUAAAUCAUACAAUAUAAAAAACAAUUAUAAUAAAUACAUACAAACAGAUAAGUGAGAGAAUUAAGAGAGAAUCCGAAACUGUUAGAAAAUGACCGCUUCCGACAACACAGAGUCCUCCUACCCACCACUCUUCCGCCCAAACCACGGCGGCGCUGAAACCGGCGAACACCACCACACCCCAAAGUCAGCCCGGCCCGAACCCGAUCCAUAUCCAGAUUCGGAUUCUCUUCCGGUGAUAGAUUUCCGGGACACGAGCCCCUCAGACCUGGGCAGAGUAUGCAGGGAGUGGGGCGUUUUCCGGCUGGUCAACCAUGGUAUUCCGGCGGCGCUUUUGAGCGGCCUCCAUGAAUACGCCGACAAGGUUUUCUCGCUCAGUUUCGAGACGAAGCGGGCUUUUCCGACGAGCCCGAUGCUCUACUUCUGGGGUAGCCCGGCCCUUAGUAUGUCGGCGAAUGCUCAUCAACAAACUGUCGGCGGCGGCGGCGGCGGCGGCGGCGCUAACUGUGUGCAAAACAACAUCAACUGGUUGGAAGGUUUUAAUGUUCCGUUGAACAAAACGACGUCGGAUUUUCAGAUGUCUGAUUCUGAAGAAGCACUUCUUCAAUCUUUCAGGUCUUUAUUAGAAGAAUAUGGUGCCCACCAAACAAGGCUUGCAAAAUCACUAUUCAAAACCAUGGCCGAGGACUUAAAUUUCCCACCAAACAAAUCAAAAUCUUAUCUAUCGCCGCCCACCGGAUUCUUACGUGUCUACCGCUACCUCCGCUGCCACAUGGCGGAGCAGCGGUGGGGGAUUAAUUCCCACACCGAUAGCUCCGUUAUUUCAAUAAUACAUCAAGAUCAAAUUGGAGGCCUCCAAAUUUUCAACAAUAAUAAAUGGCUCGAUGUGAAACCUAUUCGCGACUCUUUGAUCGUCAAUCUUGGAGAUAUGAUGCAGGCGAUGAGCGACGACAUCUAUACAAGUGUGACACACAGAGUGAAGGUGCAUGUGGAGAAAGAGAGAAUAUCGAUAGGGUAUUUCGUGUUUCCGGAUGAGGAUGCAGUGAUAGAAAGUUCGAAUUACGAGCCGUUUAGUUAUGCUGAUUUUCAAGCAAAGAAGGAAAUUGAUUUGAAGACCAUCGGAAUCAAGAUCGGUCUUCCCAGGUUCAGAAUAGACCGACCGGUUUAAUAUUUUAACGGGUUGUGUUUACUGUACUAUUGUUCUUGAACAAUGCAACAUUGUGAAACUGGAAAAUAAAAUUGGUGGAUUAGAAAUGUGAAUUUUGCUGCGAAAGAGCAAAAAAUUUCAAGUCAUUUGAUCA